AUGGCCAUACGGUAUUAUGACAGCAACUCACAGAAAAUACACAUCCAUGGAUUUGGAGAAAGCCGGAGAUGGUUAGGAAAUGACAGCUGGUCCCAGAGAGGCGUGUACAAGCACCGUUAUGUCAGCCUUGUUGGCAGGGGCAGAAGUACAAGGGACCUUCAUGUCCAGUGGCUACGUAAACAGACCCAGGUGCAGGGUGGAGCCGUGUGCGACAGUGAAGAAGAAGGAGGCUUGCUUCCUCCUCAUUUCUUAGGCAUCAGCAGUAAACGGCUCGGUGUAUGUGGCUGGAUCCUCUUUUCCCUUUCUUUGUUGCUGAUGAUCAUUACCUUCCCCAUCUCCAUAUGGAUGUGCUUGAAGAUCAUUAAGGAGUAUGAACGUGCUGUUGUAUUCCGACUGGGACGCAUCCAAGCUGACAAAGCCAGAGGGCCAGGUUUGAUCCUGGUCCUGCCCUGCAUAGAUGUAUUUGUCAAGGUUGAUCUCCGAACUGUUACUUGCAACAUUCCUCCACAAGAGAUCCUCACCAGAGACUCCGUGACUACUCAAGUGGACGGAGUCAUCUAUUACAGAAUCUAUAGUGCUGUCUCAGCGGUGGCUAAUGUCAACGAUGUCCACCAAGCCACAUUUCUGCUGGCUCAGACUACUCUGAGAAACGUCUUAGGGACACAGACCCUGUCCCAAAUUUUAGCUGGCCGGGAAGAGAUCGCCCAUAGCAUCCAGACCUUACUCGAUGAUGCUACCGAGCUGUGGGGGAUCCGGGUGGCCCGGGUGGAAAUCAAAGAUGUCCGGAUUCCGGUGCAGCUACAGAGGUCCAUGGCGGCGGAGGCUGAGGCCACCCGGGAAGCCAGGGCCAGGGUCCUUGCAGCGGAAGGAGAAAUGAAUGCUUCCAAAUCUCUGAAGUCAGCCUCCAUGGUGCUGACCGAGUCCCCCAUAGCCCUGCAGCUGCGUUACCUGCAAACCCUAACCACCGUGGCCUCGGAGAAGAAUUCCACCAUCGUGUUCCCUCUGCCCAUGAGUAUCCUGGAGGGCAUUGGUGGUGUCAGCUACAAUAACCACGAGAAGGUUCCGAACAGAGCCUGA